AAAAUGAUAUAUUAAUAAAACAUGUAAUUGAGAUGCUUUUAUUAUAGAAAAUACACACAAGAAGCACAAAUUGUUAAAGAUAAAUAUUAAAAGUCUUUCAUAUAUGCCAGCUUGAUGAGAAGUGACAAACUGUUUAUUGUUGUAAAAGAUUGGUAUAUAUUUGUGAAGAAAAAAAUUCAUCCAAAAGAUGCUGUGCAAAGAUGGAAUUCUUAGUCUGUUCUGUUUCAUCGCAGCAGGCUUAAUAUCUCUUCUCCCUAACAUACUGUUUAGAUUAGAACUUGACGCUUAUGUUGUAUACUUUACGAAUAUCUGGUUUCUACAUGCAAUACAGUACAUUCUUAUAAAUGUACUUGCGUGUUUGGCAUUUCGUGGCUUUGCGUAUCAAGUGGCAAUCAGAGCAUUGUUUCUUGGAUACAUAUUUGGAAUUGGUAUUUUAAUAUCAAUUACUGCCCCACCAUCAUGGCAAAUAUUUGGAAUUUACAUGACAAUAUUAGCAAGCUUCCAUUAUUCGGAAUUUUUAGCUAUAGCAUGGACAAAUCCGGCAGUAUUGUCAAUCGACAAUUUUAUUCUCAAUCAUAGCAUAGCAUAUGGUAUAGCAGCAAGUCUCAGUUGGAUAGAAUUUUUCAUAGAGAGACAUUAUUUUCAUGAUUUGAAACUACCUUCUCUGGUAUCCUAUUUUGGAUUAAUAUUAUGCAUCUCUGGUGAAAUUCUGAGAAAAUUAGCAAUGUGUACUGCAAAGCACAAUUUUAAUCAUAUUGUGCAAAGUGAGAAAAGUGACAAUCACCAACUUGUUACACAUGGUGUAUAUAGUUUGUGCAGACAUCCUAGUUAUGUAGGGUGGUUUUAUUGGUCCAUAGGAACACAGUUAAUACUUCAAAAUCCACUCUGUUUCUGUGCAUAUGCAUUGAUGUCAUGGAGAUUUUUCCAUGAACGUGUUAUGAUCGAAGAAAUAACAUUAUUAAGUUUCUUUGCGGAAGAUUAUGUUAAAUAUCAAGAAAAAGUAGGUACAGGACUUCCAUUUAUAUCUGGAUAUAAAAUUAGUUCAUAGCAUCCUACCUUGGUAUAAUUUCAUUUUCAUAAGUUUGUUAUAACAUAUAGAAAAAAAAUAUUUAUAUAUUUGUAAGAGAAUUGAUGG